GUACUUUUCAACGAUGGACUCAAUAGACGACAAUCCAUUUGCAGACCUUCAGAGUUCAUUUGCAGCUCCAAAGGAAGUUAAAGAAGACGAUAUAAAGCAGCAAUUCAAAGAAGUUUCUUUAGAUGAACCAUCCCCCGCCAAUGACGAUAGCAAGCUCGACAACGACCCCGACUACGCACAGGAAACCAUCAAGGAGUCUACACCAGACAAUCACAAUGACGGUACUAACGUUGUCAAUGACGACGAUGAUAAUGAGAGCUUAUCUGAGCGUAAGAGGAGUCUAUCAUUACAGCAAUCUCAGAGACACACAGCAUCUGUUAUACCAGUGACAGAAACAAUAAAACUACCAAAUGGAAAUACUUAUGAUAUUUCAGUCUCAGACCCACAAAAGAUCGGUAAUCCAGCGAAUUCAUAUGUCCUCUAUACGAUUAGAACAUUCACCAAAAUGCCUGCAUAUAGGCAAAAUUCUAUGACUGUAUUACGUAGAUACAGCGAUUUCUUAUGGCUUUAUGAAAACCUCUGUAAGAACAAUCCGGGUGUUUUCGUACCUCCACCACCUUCAAAACAAGCUUAUGGUCGAUUCAAGAUGGAUUUCAUUGAGCAAAGACGGCAAGCGUUAGAGAAAUGCUUAAUGAAAUGCGCUAAUCAUCCGUUGUUAUCUAAGGAUGAAGAUCUCAAACUGUUCUUAGAAAGUGAUUCAUUUGCAGUUGACGUGAAACAACGUCAAUUAGACAAGGCAGAGGGAAAGUCUGUACUUGCAUCGUGGGGCUCCUCAAUCAUUGGGCCUAAAUUUAUUGAAUCUGAUGAAUGGUUUGAUAGUGAAAAACAACGCAUUGACGGCUUGGAAGUACAACUUAAAGCUCUUGUGAAAGCUUUACAGAAUGUUUCUGCGCAGCGAUAUGAUCUGGCAUCCUCGCUCGCCGAAUAUUCUGAAUCGUUACUCGAACUCUCACGUCAAUUCAUACACUCUGACGAGCUCACGAAGUUGUUCCAGAUGCUUGCAGAUCUCUCAGCCCAAUCGAAGAGAGGUCUUGAUGAACUUGUUAAGAAUGACGCCUCAUCAUUUGCAGCCACAGUUGACGAAUAUAUGCGCGUCAUUGGUUCUAUCAAGAACACUUUUAGUACUAGAAUCAAAUUAUAUCACGAUAUCAGAGCAGCAGAGAAUUCAUAUACCAAAAAGAAAACGACGUAUGAGAAACAAAAGUCAGUUGGUCAGAUACACCAGUACAAUAUAGCCUACUCGCUCAAAGAUCUCGCUGCUAGUGAGCACAGUGUUCACGAAUCAAAGCGUGAGUUUAGCAGAGUCAGUAUAUUGAUCAAAGAAGAGAUGGCUGCAUUUGACAAAUUACGCAUGGAAGACUUCAAAGUCAGUCUGAAGGAUUUAGUCAGUACACUGCUAAAGUCUCAAAGAAGUAUUCACGAAAGUUGGUUAAACUAUGAGCGAGAAUUGAAAGUAAUCUUAUAAAUAUACCCUUCAUUAUAAAUUAGUUUACUAAUACAAUGGUAUUGAUUCAUUGGCAAGAUUGUAAUCGUCAGAAUUCACAGACUCUUGAUCACUGUCUACACUAUCUGCACUAUCAGACGAAUUCCCGCUGUCAUCAAAAGUGACAAAAUCUGACUGCUCAGUAAGAUCAUCAUGUUGAUUUUUUCUCCUCUUGAAAGUUGGUUUAGAGCUUUCAUCUUGUUCUUCCUGUGAUUCUUCUUCAACUUCCUUGCGUUUGGUAAAUUCAUCGAUAACGCCAACUUUGUUAGCUUCAGAUUUAAGGAUAUGAGGCAAAUUACAACUUGGAUUCUUGCAUUCACCAUUCUCGGCAUAAUCUGGACAUUCUCGAACGUGUUUAGAAUCACAGUCAAGACCUUUAUCACAAAAUCCUAGUACUGCGAAGUCACGACAAACUGAAGCAUCCUUGCUCAAAUGUACGUGAGUAAAUAAACACUCAUCGCCUGCUCUACAUCCAUUUGGUGAUUCGAAAUGCGAGCAAUUUGGCAUAUUAUUAGGUGAUGGGGUAUGUGAUAGUGGACAACUGCUAUCACUAUUCCUACAUUUCUUGCGUAAAAAGUGUGGACAUAUUGCUGUCUUGCUGCUAUCAUGUACGUAUGGACAAUGUAGAGCUUUCGAACAUCUACCUGAUUUUGUGAAAGUUGGGCAUCUUUUCCUGCCGAAAGAUAUCUUCUGGUCUUCCGAUAGGACCUCCUUUUUAUUAUGAGGUUUACGUUGUAUUUGUGUAUUACGUGCUCUCUGAACACUACCGAGCAUACCAACCAUUUUAUCCAAACGCUGUUGUUUAGCUUUCAUAGCCUCCUCAUUACGUUUCUUUGCAAAUAUAUCCCUAACUAAAUUGCCUGACUUAGUUCUAACAUAGUUCGUACCAUCUAUCGUCAUCUUCUUUGGAGUGUUGUUGUUGUUGUUAGUGUCAUCAUCCAUGAUAUUAUAUACAGAUUGUUGCGGUUCAUCGUUGAAUGUAUCAUUAUCCUCCUUUGCAACUUUGACUAAUUUGCCGCCCGUUUCGUCAAAUUCGAAUGGUACGCCAUCAAUAAUUAUCUGUCUACGACCAUCUUUGGUGAUUGAUUGAUGUUUCUUUCUCUUUGAUGAUUUUCUAGCCAACCUCUGAGCUUUCUUGGUCGCUAUUUCCUUCUCUUUGGCAGCUUUUAAGGAGAGUGAUUUCUCUAGGGUGUCAGAUGUGACUAAUGACAUAUUACCAGUUCUCCUAGAUACCCAAGAUGCUGGUUGUGAGCUGUCUGCAGAGUUAGCGUUAGUUAAUGACAUGUUCAUGUUCAUAUGACGAGGUCUAUAUGAAGGUUUUUGAUAGGCUUUAGGAUAUUUCCCACGGGAAGAAGAGUGAGAGUAUGAGAAUAUUGGUUUCUGUGCACCCUCUGGAUGUUGUUGCUUGCUAGUACUAGCGUUUAUUUGAGAGUUUAACUCCGCGAUCCGUAUCUCCAAUUCCUUACGAGUAUCUCU